AUGGUUGAGCGCAGCAGCAAGUUCGUGCUGGCCGUGGCCGGCUCCGCCUGCUUCAUGCUGAUCCUGUACCAGUACGCGGGGCCGGGGCUGAGCCGCGGGGCGCCCCCCCGGCGCGGCGCAGCGGCCGAGGCGCCCGACCUGUUCCCCACGCCCGACCCGCACUACGUGCAGAAGUAUUACUUCCCCGUGCGCGAGCUGGCGCGCGACCUGGCCUUCGACAUGAAAGGCGACGGCGUCAUCGUGUUCCUGCACAUCCAGAAGACGGGCGGCACCACCUUCGGCCGCCACCUGGUGCAGAACGUGCGGCUCGAGGUGCCCUGCGACUGCCGGCCCGGCCAGAAGAAGUGCACCUGCUACCGGCCCAACCGCCGCGAGACCUGGCUCUUCUCGCGCUUCUCCACCGGCUGGAGCUGCGGGCUGCACGCCGACUGGACCGAGCUCACCAGUUGCGUGCCCGGCGUGCUGGACCGCCGCGACAGCCCCCCCGCCAGCGCCAGCGCCGCCAAGGCCCCCAGAAAAUUUUACUACAUCACACUGCUGAGAGACCCUGUGUCCCGUUACCUCAGCGAAUGGCGACACGUCCAGAGAGGAGCUACGUGGAAGACUUCCUUGCACAUGUGCGAUGGUCGGACACCGACCCCUGAAGAGCUGCCAUCAUGCUAUGAAGGCACAGACUGGUCAGGGUGUACGCUGCAGGAGUUCAUGGAUUGCCCAUAUAACUUGGCCAACAACCGCCAGGUGAGGAUGUUGGCUGACUUGAGCUUGGUGGGCUGCUACAACAUGUCAUUCAUCCCUGAGAACAAGCGAGCACAGAUCCUGUUAGAGAGUGCAAAGAAGAACCUGAAAGACAUGGCUUUUUUUGGCCUGACAGAGUUCCAGAGGAAGACUCAGUACCUGUUUGAGAGAACUUUUAAUCUGAAAUUCAUCAGGCCCUUCAUGCAGUACAACAGCACAAGGGCAGGUGGGGUGGAGGUGGACAACAACACCAUCCGGAGGAUUGAGGAGCUUAAUGACUUGGACAUGCAGCUCUAUGACUAUGCAAAGGACCUCUUCCAACAGCGCUAUCAGUAUAAGCGGCAGCUGGAGAGGAUGGAGCAAAGGAUAAAGAAUCGGGAAGAGAGGCUUCUUCACCGAUCCAAUGAAGCACUUCCCAAGGAAGAGACAGAAGAGCAAGGACGCUUGCCCACUGAGGACUACAUGAGCCAUAUUAUAGAGAAGUGGUAGCGUAGGCAGACUUUUGUACUGAUGAGAUUCUAGGGUUUCCAUUACAAAAGAUCGUGGAAGUAAAAAUACGAAAACCAACAAAAAAAGUCUUUUAUUUAAGUGAGCCUGUAAAACAGAAGGUAGAAUGCUUCUUUGAACAAAGGGUCUUUUUACUGUUUCUUACAAGACCAUUGAGAUUCUUAAAAAAAUAAAUAAAUACAUAAAAAAUAAAAAGGUCAACAUUAUAACUCAGACUUAGAAAUGCACACAUGCAGCUACCCGCUUUGGAGGCCAAAUACAACGUAAUGUUUCUUGUCCUCCCAAAUUAAAAAAGAAUAGAUGACAGAUGUAGGAUUCCCCCGCUUCCCCGUGUUUCUCCUCAGUACAAAGACAUCUGUAUAAUUUAAAAACAAAACAACAAAAUGAAGUUUUUUCUUUUGUGGUUUUUUGGAGGGUGGAGGAGGGGGAAUUGUUUUGUUUUCUUCAAGUCAGAGUAAUGGUGAAGUUGAUUGUGUGCUAUGCAGUUGGGCUGUGAUUUCACCACAGGGGCAGCUCCUCAGAGUCAGAUGGCAGCCACUGCCAGGAGCAUAAUGAAAACAAGGACAGCAGAGGAUGAGAAACAUUAAAACAAACUUUCUCUGGCCUAGGAUAUACACUUAGCACAGUGGUUUGGAUGCAUUGCACUGGUCUCACACUUCUCAACACCACUUUACCAUAGUAACAACAUUUAGGGAAUUCAUUCACAAACAUCCUCCAUGUUUGCUUCAAACAGUCUCCAAUGCAAGAAAAAAAUCUCACCAAAUUCCUUGUAGAGAGAAA